CUUUUGGCGCCAAAUAAACAAACCAAUUGGACAAAAAGUGUGUUGUUUGGCUGGCGAAGAAUAUAUUUGAUUACACCGAUUCGUUUUAUUUAAUUAUAAACAGCAAAAAUAUAACUAACAAAAAUGCCACGACGUGAUUAUGCACAAGAUAAGGAAUCGGUGAAGACUUUUCUGUCUGAGUUUUGCAAGGAAGACAAUACGGGCAAGAAACACUUUGUUUACGCAAAUCAACUCGUAAAGAUUGCUCAUCGCGAACAGAUACUCAUUACCAUAGAUCUUGAUCAUAUAUCGGAGUUCAAUGAAGAGCUUGCAGAAGCCAUAAUUUCCAAUAGUCGUCGCUAUGCGGCCAUGUUUAGCGACGCCAUAGCCGAAUUGCUGCCUAGCUUCAAAGAGCGCGAGGUCACUGCCAAAGAUGCAUUGGACGUGUACAUUGAGCAUCGUUUGCUGAUGGAAUCGCGCACACGCAAUCCAAUGGAACAACAUGAUCAACGUAACAACUUUCCACCUGAGUUGAUGAAACGAUUUGAAGUGGCGUUCAAGCCACACUCUAAUGAGAAGGCGCAAUCCAUACGGGAAAUUAAAGCGGAACAUAUCGGUAGAUUGGUAACGGUACGUGGCAUUGUGACUCGCUGCACUGAAGUCAAGCCAAUGAUGGUUGUGGCUACGUACACUUGUGAUCGUUGCGGCUCUGAGACCUACCAGCCUGUGAAUUCACUUUCUUUUAUUCCUGUGCAAGAUUGUCCCUCUGAUGAUUGCCGGGUGAACAAAGCUGGCGGUCGUUUGUAUUUGCAAACACGAGGAUCCAAAUUCGUCAAGUUUCAAGAAAUUAAAAUACAAGAGCAUAGCGAUCAAGUGCCCGUCGGACAUAUACCACGCACCAUGACUAUUAUGUGCCGUGGUGAAGUGACGCGCAUGGCACAACCUGGUGAUCAUGUUUUGAUUUCGGGAGUCUUUUUGCCAUUAAUUCGAUCUGGUUUCCGACAAAUAAUUCAGGGCCUCCUAUCGGAGACCUUCCUACAGGCUUAUCGCAUUGUUUGCAUAAAUAAAAAUGACGAGGAAAGUGACCAAGAAUCUGAACUUACGGCUGAAGAGUUGCAAGAACUGGCUCAGGAUGAUUUCUACGAACGCCUUGCUACCAGUUUAGCACCUGAAAUCUAUGGUCAUUUGGAUGUGAAGAAGGCGUUGCUGCUACUUUUAGUAGGCGGUGUUGAUAAGCGUCCAGAUGGUAUGCGUAUACGUGGUAAUAUAAACAUCUGCCUAAUGGGCGACCCCGGUGUGGCCAAAUCACAACUUCUCAGCUAUAUAAGUCGUCUUGCGAUACGAUCGCAAUACACCACCGGCCGUGGCUCUUCCGGUGUUGGUUUGACGGCUGCUGUAAUGAAAGAUCCUCUAACGGGCGAAAUGAUGCUCGAGGGUGGCGCACUCGUACUUGCCGAUCAAGGUGUGUGCUGCAUCGACGAGUUCGACAAAAUGGCGGACCACGACCGCACAGCUAUACACGAAGUCAUGGAACAACAAACGAUUUCUAUUGCCAAAGCUGGCAUUAUGACUACAUUGAAUGCGCGCGUCUCGAUAUUGGCAGCUGCCAAUCCAGCUUUUGGACGCUACAAUCCACGUCGCACAGUUGAACAAAACAUACAAUUGCCAGCCGCGCUUUUGUCGCGUUUCGACUUGCUUUGGUUAAUGCAGGAUAAACCGGAUCGGGACAAUGAUUUACGUUUAGCUAAGCACAUAACUUACGUGCAUAGCCACAAUAAGCAGCCACCGACACGUGUCAAAGCGCUCGACAUGAAUCUUAUGCGUCGUUACAUUAAUCUUUGCAAGCGCAAAAAUCCCACUAUACCCGAUGAGUUGACAGAAUACAUCGUUGGUGCGUAUGUGGAAUUGCGUCGUGAAGCGAGAAAUCAAAAGGAUAUGACCUUUACAUCGGCUCGUAAUCUGUUGGGAAUUUUACGUUUGUCUACUGCACUGGCACGCCUACGUUUAUCGGAUAAGGUGGAGAAGGAUGACGUGGCAGAAGCGCUACGCCUCUUGGAAAUGUCAAAGGAUUCUUUGAAUCAGUUACAUGAGCACCAAAAAGGACAUGUCCCUAACACAUCGGACAAAAUAUUCGCUGUUGUACGUGAGCUGGCCGGCUCUAAUAAUACCGUUAAAAUCGCAGAUGUCAUUGAUCGCUGCACAACCAAAGGCUUCAAACCGGAUCAAGUGGACAAAUGCAUUGGAGACUACGAGGAGCUGAACGUGUGGCAAGUUAACAUGGCGCGCACUAAAAUCACCUUCAUGUAAUAACAACGGCGCGCAAUUCGCAAGCCAGUCGCACCUGGAGUACACACAUAGUUCGAUUUGCACACAUCCAAUUCGCUUACCAUCUUCAUUACUUGUAUUACAUGUUUCUUUGAUUUCAACGUUCGUAUAUUGUUUUCUAUAACAUAUGGAAGUGUUAUUUUUGUAAUUUUAAAUAAAUAAAUAUUGUGAAACAA